AUGCUGACGCCGGAGCAGAUCACUGGCGUCGCCUUUUGGAUCGUCGCGGGCGGGUCGCUGUACAUUGUGUCCAUGAUGGUGGUCCGCGCCUCGCUGAUCUGCUUCUUCAUCUCCAUAGUCGCCAGUUGCAUCCGGCUCUCGACCUUGGACAAGUUCAGCAAGUCGCCCAACGCCACCAGGAAUAACUUCAAUGCCGUUAUGUGGUCCAUCCUCGACCUCUGGGUCUCCGCCACCUGCGCUUGUCCCCCCGUCGCUGUGCAUCCUGUUUGCGCGCAAGCUGCCGAGCCUGCUGGCGCAACUCGGCCGCAGGUUCGGCAUAUGUUGCCGCCGCCGCCGCCGCCGAGUCCUCGCCUUGCUCCUCCCUCUUCCGUCGCCGGUGCUGGCUGCGCUGCUGGCCGUGUAAGCGGCGUUCGUAAAGUUUCCUGUGUCUGGGGGUCUGGCUGCAGCAAAUCAGAGGAUAUGGUGUUGUUGACGUCGAGCAACCGUGGCAGCAGCCGGUUAGACGACGGGCAGGAGAGUGAGAAAACCGGCGGGGUCACGGGGGUCAAUGAUGUGUGUGAGGUAAAGUCGGGUGGGACAGAUGAGUCUAACCAAGUUGAUGAUCAUUGA